ACUCUCUCCGCCGAGUAACUCUACCACGCCUACUACUCGCAAAACAAGUCCCGAUCAAUCUCAAUCCCGCCUCACACAAGCCCAACGUCACAUUUCUCUCACUCAGAAAAAUGAACACCCUCCAGGAAGCAAGCAGAAUCUACAAGGCCCUUCAGAAACCCGGUCCGACAUUCGGAGGAUGGCAGAUGCUCCCAGGCACUAACCUCGCCCGCUCAAUUGCCCGCUCAGGCGUCGACUGGAUCUGCGUCGACACAGAACACGGCAACAUAUCCGACAGCGAAAUGCACGAAGCCGUAACCGCCAUUGCGCUCACAGGCGUAAGUCCGCUGGUGCGAAUAGCUUCCAACGAGGCGUGGAUGGUGAAGCGCGCCCUCGACUCCGGAGCUCACGGCAUAAUCGUCCCCCUAAUCUACACCGUCGACGACGCAAAACGCCUCGUGUCGUCCGCCAAAUUCCCUCCCCAAGGUACCCGCGGCUUCGGAUCCCCUUUGCCAACCCAGUGUUUUGGAAACGAAGCAAUGUCGUAUUACUUGCAACAUGCGAAUUCAACCCUCAUAACAAUAGUCCAAAUCGAAACCCGCCCCGCUCUCGACCAUGUCCGCGAAAUCGCUGCGUUACCCGGUGUAGACGUCCUGCUCAUCGGGCCCUUUGAUCUCGCCAAUAACAUUGGGCAUCCCAUUCUCACGGGCCAAAUCGCGCCAGAGCUCGCGGCCGCGAUUGACAAGAUUAAAGAGGCGGCGCAUGCAGAGGGCAAGAAAGUGGCCAUUUAUUGUAACUCGGGCGAGGAUGCGAGGAGGUAUGCGCAGAGGGGGUUCGACAUGAUGAGUGUUUUGACCGAUCAGAUUGGCAUUACGGGUGCGUUUCAGGCGAGUCUGAAGGUGGCGAGUGGCGAGGUUGACGCGAGUGCUGGCGAUGGGAGGGUCAAGGGGUAUGAUGGGAGGUGAGGAAUACGAAACUUUGGUCAUGACGGUAUAUUUCGACUGUUGCAUGUUUUUGAAUGUUUUGAGGAGAUUUCAAAAGGACCGCUGAAUGCAACGGGUCUAAUGUACAUUUUCUUUCUU